AUGGUCAACGGAUUUAAUAAUUCACCGAGUAUACGUCGAUCCAAUUCUUAUCGGAUUGCAUUGAGAAAAUCUGGUGUUCCCAAAGAAUUGCUAGAAAAUAAUGAUUAUCAAUCCAAUGCUGAUAAUAAUGAUUAUCAAUCCAAUGCUGAUAAUAAUGAAUCUCAACAACAGACACAAUCGACAACAUCAGCGUCAAUAUCGAAAGAAAGAUUAUUUAAAAAACGAAAACAACAAGGAAUAAACCCAAUUUUUUCAUCAUCAAAAAUAUGUCACGAUGAUGAUGAUAAUGAUGAAGAUAGUAAUGAUGAAACAUUGACAUUAAAACCUUUAUCAUUGGAUACGGAAUUCGAAACACAAAUCGAUAAUGUACAAAGAGAAAGUAUCGUCCAAAAUGGUCAACAUUCGAAAAUAAAAAAUGACCAAAUCAUCGAGAAAAAUAUUAAUGAUGAACAAAAUAUUUAUUCAAAAUGUAAACAUUUAUUCUGUUUAUUUUGUUGUUGUAAUUAUUGUUGUUGUCUACUUCGAGAUUAUUUUUCUUGAAAAUGAA